ACAGGGCAGGGUUAGAUGGGGUGGAGCCCAGUUGAGGCAAGGGUGGAGCUACCUGUUCAGAGCCUGACUGAGGAGGGCCUGGGCCGGAGGGUCGCUGGGACUGAAGUCCUUAUGGCCCUCUCACUGGAGACUAGUCCUCUGGGAAGCCGAUGGGACCCUUUUUUUCCUGCGAUACAGUGGAUACAAUUUGCCACAGCUACUCUGAGUGUUAUAGGUUCAAGUUCACUUAUUACUUAUGCUGUGUUCCAGAACCCACAGACAUCUACAGAGAUGAAACCACUCUUUUGCCUGAGCUUUUCUGACCUGCUCCUGGGAAUUUGCUGGCUCAUAAAGACCCUUCUCUAUGGAACUUCAGCAACCCACAAGGACAGCAUCUGCUAUAACCUACAGACAGUCGGGGAGAUACUAUGCAUUGCCUCAUUCCUCUACACUGACAAUUACAUCUGGUAUCUGUACUCAGAGCUGAGGAGGAGACACAGCCAGAGUGGACAGAGCACAGCGGCACAGGUGAUAGGUCAUACUUGCCAAGGUGGUAACAUAGUGUUCCUUUUGUCAAGCCUGAUACCUCUGCUAUUGAUGACACCUGUAUUCUGCCUGGGCAAUGUCAAUGAAUGUUUCCACAACUUUAGCCAGAGCCACAGGGGUACCCUAAUGCACUCACCACCAUCAGCCAUGAUUGAACUCCUGCCUUCCACCAACACAUCUGUCUGCAGCACACUGUAUUUUUAUGGUGUCACUGUUUUUCUGGCCAUCUUUUUCUUCAGCCUCCUCCUCCUCAUGGUCUUACUCCUCCAUGCCCAGACUUUGUAUAAGAAGUUUGUGAAAUCGACAGGCUUUCUGGAGAGUGAGCAGUGGGCAGUGAUUUACAUUGUGUGUCAGCGAGUUCGCUUCUUCCCGGUGGCCUUUGUAUGCUGCUGGGGCCCAGCUGUCACACUGAUGAUCAUAAAACUGGUCAAGCCACAGGAAACCUCACUGCAUAUGGCCUUCUCUGUGCUCCAGGCUCUCACAGCAGCAUCCCAGGGUCUGCUCAACUGUGGCGUAUAUGGCUGGACACAGUGCAAGUUCCAGCAGCUAAAACGUGAGCCUCGCUGUGAUGCAGACACCCAGACCCCAUUGCUGUGUUCACAGAAGAGAAUCUAUAGCGGGAGCCCAGGCCUAGGCCCAUCAGGGUCUUCUCUUGCCUUUGCUGCCAGCUCUUCCACCAUUCUUUGAAACUGUGGAACUGGAACAUUCAGGAAGGAAAUGUUUCAUGUGAGUGGACUCUGCAGGUCUGCAGGGAGCCACCCCCAUUUCUUCUGGCCAUACCCAAGACUAAAGAACUGAAAGGGAAUACAGGGUUGUGGCCAGGAGCGAUUCUGGGUGAAUUAGGAAGGAUCUCUCUAGUUGCUCAUUCAGAGAAAGAUAGCCGCUUUCCAUCUAAGAGACUCAUUACUUUUUCAAAUACUAGAUUUAUUUACAUCUCUUCAAGAAAAAAUAAAUUUCAGGUUCAUAUA